GAUUUAACAGAAUCAGAGGAAUAUAAUGAGUUUCAGGAAACAUCUCCACCUGCUUCCAACUCUCCGCCCGGCCGAAUUCUCAUCCGUGAUUCCGGGAGUUCCAUCUCCAUCACCACGGCGACGGACCAACCAGGCUUCCUGUUCCCCGUCGUCAAGACGACCCCGAUUACAGUCCGACGAAAAAUGACAGAGGAGUCUUCACUGUCAUGGUCACCUGACCAAAACAAGAGCAGAAAUGAGACCAAACGGCCACUGAACAGACUCCUUCCAGAGGAGAGCGGCCACCUUCCUCACAGCAACAUGCAGGUCACAGACGUCUACUAUGAAGACAUCCUCAGCACCAGCACCACAAACCCCACACCAGCCCAAAACAACGACCUUCUCACUGCACUGCCAGAUGCUCAGGACCAAGAAACCUCAACCAUGACAGCCAAAACUUCAAAUACCACCGCUAAACCUGCAGUAAACACAACCUCAAUAGCUAACUCUAGCACUGCCUCCACUGAAUCAGCAAUUUCGGCGUCUAUGAAGAUCAUUUCUCAGACCACUCAGCCCCUGUUUAAUGCCACAUCGUUCAAUAAUCAGAAGGUAUCAGUGGUUCAUGAUGCCUCAAAUCUCUAUGAAUCCUCAACCACUAUUUUGGAGGAGGGCUCUGCUCAUCUUCCUUCUUCAGGAGAAUUCAGCGGAUCGGGGUCCGCGAUCUUCCUGGAGGAGCUCGACCGGGAAUGGGAGCUCGACCAAACCCGGUCGGCUCUCAAAGACUCCCAUCUGAGCUACAGCGGUAGAUCUGAAGACGAAAACAGAGAGGGACUGUCCUCUACUUUCUACUUUGAGAGCGAGCGAGAGGCAGCCACCACCGAAGAACCAGAGAACCAGGCGUUUCUGUCAUGGGUGACCUGGUCAGCUGACUCUGACACUGGCUCUGGUCAAGGAGGGUCAGUGAUCUCUCAAAGCGAUGAUAUUCCCAUACAGCUCAUAAUUCCUGAACUCACUGUCCAAGAGUCAGAGGAAGACCAGAACGCAGAGGCGAGUAACAGCAGUCCGGAGUCUCGUGUCGGGAUGGUGGGAGGUAGAGAGAAGGAGAAGAGGACGGUUGUUCCUCUGGCUGUGGUUUCCACACUCACUGUCCUGUGUCUGCUGGUGCUGGUGGGGAUUCUCAUCUACUGGAGAAGGUGCUUUCAAACGGCACAGUUUUAUGUAGAGGACAACAUUUCAGCCCGAGCCAUAUCGGCCCCAUCAACCCCUCUUCUUCUGCCUUCAGAGGACAAUGACGCUCUCCCAGUAAAGGAAUUCGUAAAACACGUUGUUGAUCUUCACACAAAUCACACAUUCUCCAAAAAAUUUGAGAUCUUGAAAGAGUCUUACGAGGAGAUUCAGCGCUGUACGGCGGACAUCGUCAUCACUACGGAUAGCUCCAACCAUCCAGACAAUAAGAGCAAGAACAGAUACAUUAACAUCCUGGCCUAUGAUCACAGUCGAGUUAAACUCUCUCAAAACUCUGACAAAGUUGGAAAAACAAGGGACUACAUUAAUGCCAACUAUGUGAAU